AUGAGUACGUUGAGCUGGAACUGUCGUGGCUUGGGCAAUCCACGAACAGUUCGCGAAGUGGUGGACAUGGUGUCCCGUAAGAAGCCCGACUUUGUCUUUUUAAUGGAAAUUAAGGUGGGACGGACUCACGCUAAGAGGCUCCGUGUCAAGCUUGGUUUCGAAGGAUUAUUUUACGUUGACAGUAUUGGCCGUAGUGGUGGAUUGACACUGUUAUGGAAGCGGAAUAACAUAGCCAGGCUAUUGACUUAUUCGAAGAACCAUGUGGAUGUGGAGGUGUGCAUGACCGGGGUUGGAUUAUGGCGGAUGACUGGUUUCAAUGGUUUCCCGGAACGGAGUAGGAGGGAUGACUCUUGGGCUCUGUUAAGGUCACUAGCGGGCCAGUCCGCACUACCAUGGGUGAUUCUUGGCGAUUUUAACGACCUUCUGUUUCAGCAUGAGAAACGUGGGGGUAAUCCUCAUCCUGAUAGCCUCCUACGCGGAUUUGGGGAGGCCAUCGAUGAGUGUGAGCUGGUACAGUUACCCAUGCGGGGUUACCCGUUCACCUGGGUAAGGGGGAAGGGCACGCCAGAGUGGAUGGAGGAAAGGUUGGAUAAAGUGUUGGCAAGGGCUGAUUGGUCGGCCAUUCUUCCGAAUGCUUGUGUCACUAAUAUUCUUACUCACUCUUCUGACCAUUCGGCUCUUUACUUGGGAGUUAUGGAUGUUCAGCGGAGACAUGUUCGAGGUAGUAGACCUUUCAGAUUUGAGAUGGCAUGGCUGCUUGAUGAGGGUUGUAGGGGGCAGGUUGAGGAGGCUUGGUAUGCCUCUGCCCGAAAAAAGAAGAAUUCGCUUUUAAAAUUAAAGAAUGAGUCUAGUGUGUGGGUGGAGGGUGAUGAUUUGAAUGCCCUUGUUUUAAGUUCCUAUUCCCAUAUUUUUGCAUCGAAUAUUGUUCCUUCCAAUCUGGACUCUUUUACUGCUGCUAUUAGCCCUCGUGUGACACAGAGUCAGAAUGAAGCCCUACUCAGGCCCUUUGAGUUAGAUGAGGUCAAAACAGCUUUAUUUGGAGGUGAUGUGUCCUCCUUCGUGAUCAAGUGUCUUUCUGACUGCUUUUUCCCGGCCGGGCUCAAUAACACCAAUGUGGUGUUGAUUCCGAAGAAGAAUAAUCCAGAGGUGGUGUCUGAUCUCAGGCCUAUUGCCCUGUGCAACGUCGUAUACAAGGUCAUGGCAAAGAUGGUGGCAAAAAGAAUGAAGCCUUUGUUAGGAACUGUUAUAUCGGACUCACAGAGCGCUUUUAUCCCUAACAGAUUGAUAACUGAUAAUAUUUUGAUUGCUGCGGAGGUGGGCCACUACCUACACAGGAAGCAAGGUGGAAUUGUAGGGUGGGAGGCUCUUAAAUUGGACAUGACAAAGGCUUAUGACCGCAUGGAGUGGCCUUUUUUUUACGAAGAAUGCUCUUGGCACUGGGUUUUGCGGAAGCGUGGAGGGUCUUUCCUUAUUGCUCAAGCAGGCAGAGGCGUGUGGGUCUAUACAUGGUUGCAGGGUUGCUCGGGGAGCCCCCUCGGUUUCGCACCUGUUCUUUGCGGAGGACAGCCUCUUGUUCUUUAA